CCAUCCCCAUCCAUCCAUUCAUUCGUUUCCAUUCAACUUCCUUUAUUGACAUUCAUAGCCUAUGGCAUGGGGGGUGUUAUAUGUGCCAUGUGUGUGUGUGUGGGAUCUAUCUGCGAAUGAGAACGGAAUCCCUGGGCCUUUGCUUGUAGGGUUAGGGCAGGCUAGGGUGCGCAAUCGCGCUUGGAUCUAGCCGCCUCCUUGCCGAUUCCCUCCACCGCGUGAGCGAGCGAGUGAAUCCCCCGCCGCGAGCACAGAUUUCGGGCGAAAUAUCGGGUCGCGCGGUAGCGGCAGCGGCGGCGGCAGUGGCGGCGGCGGCGAUUGAUGGUUGAAUCGCGAGUUUGGCUCCUCCCGGGGCGGAUUGGCGCGGCUAUGGGAUCGAUGCUCUAGCCGGGUAGCUCGAUGUGGUGGUGUUAGGGUUAGGGUUUGAGGGGUUUAGGGAUUGGCUAUGGUUGCUUUGGUGCUGGCAGCCAGGAAUAUAUUUUUUGGCUCCACGAAAGAUGUCCAAGGCGCUUAUUGGGAGAGGCAAGCCUCCCUCUCUUCUACUCGCGGUGCAGUGUGGGAAGAAGAAGAAGAACGAGCUCUCCAGCCCGGAGAAUAAUGGAAACUUUGAUGAUCGGCCAGUGGACCUUGCGUCGGGAGGAAAUUUGGAGAUUCAUUUCAUGGAUUGUCCCUCGUACAAUGAGGUGAAGCAAAAGCUGAAAGCCACGCGACCAGAGUUUUUGCUGCUCCUGGGAGAGAGAGGCUCCGGCCGGAAUGAAGUCGGGUCGCUCUGCCUCGGGGAGAAGAUCGUCACGGGGGAGACUCUGAAAUCCAUGAUUGGUUCGAAACUUCCAGAAUUCGUCUACAUUGAGUCGUCAAAUAGUGGAAAAGUUGCCGACAGCAUCCAUACACUCGGAGUGAGGCAUGUUGCACAUUGGGAUGGCUCUGUGACUUCUCUAGCUGCUGCUCACUUUCGGCAAUCGCUUGUAGCGUGCUUGAGGACGCCUGGGUGUGAUCCUUGGGAUGCAUUUGAGCUGGCGAAUGCAUCAUUGGAGAUACAUUAUGGGCAAACUAGUGGCAGCCAGCCGAUGCUCUUAGGAGAAGGUCCACCGGUUCUUGACGAUCCUCUUAAAGACAUGGAGGAUGAUCCUCCUCUUAUUCAAAUUUAUGACGAAGAGACGGAAAUUCGCCUUCUUGUCUGUGCUGAAGCUUGUGCGUCGGAUUCAAGCUCUUUACAAGCCGUUGAGGUCGCUUUGACGUCACUUUUCGCAAUAGAGGUUAGAGGCAUGCGUCUUAUACAUCGAAUCAGUGCCCCUCCGCCACCCUCUGCAGCAUCAACGUUUGCUCGUGGAGUUGUAACUAUGCGUUGUGACCUUUGUACUUCUAGCAGCGCCCGCAUAUCUCUUGUGGUGUCUGGCAGCGCGCAAACUUGUUUUGCCGAUCAUUUUUUAGAAUCUACUAUUAGGAAAGGGCUUAUGGAGAAAAGCCAGGCUCUUCAACUUAUUAUGUCCGAAGAUAAUAUGCCUGCUGAAAUAAGGCGUUCCACUUCUAUAGCGUGCGGGGCUGCUGUUGUCGAGACCCGUGCUAAAGUUCCAAACUGGGCUGCUCAGACUUUGAGGCAGCUAUCAACUGACACAUCGUACAAGACCUUAGUUGCUCUUGGCAUUGCCGGUAUUGAAGGGUCUCCUGUCGCUGCAUUCCAACAGGAAGACGCAGAGAGGCUGGGCCUUUUAAGAAACGAGCCGCCGAAACCACUGGGUUCUCCUCGUUGCAAUGGUUUCAGUGAGGCGCCCAUCAUUCCUGCAUGGCUCACACCAGCAGCCCCGACGAGAAAGAGACAGAACCUGUGCCUGUCGAGCAUCAACUUCAAUGGUGACGGGCCUUUAAACGGCGACAGCAAAUCAGUGUUCCUCGCUGCGAUGAAGCCGAUACCACAUGCAACUCGGCGGAAGUUGAUGCCUUUUGCGGGCGUGGUUUCGGCUGGGGCUCAGGCUGGCUGGUCCAUGAAGCUGAAUGGAAAUACAAAAAGCACCAGACCCGAGGGGACGUCGGCGCCGUCAGGCCAUGGAAGAGGAGGGCAUACGUUUCCGAUUGUUCUUCCCAGCGUCAAGAAACAUCACUGCAGCCGCCCGUCAAUGUUGGAGUGUCCAGAGGAGGAAUUUCUUAACGACGUUGUCCAGUUUUUGGUUUCCAGAGGACACGGUCGACUCAUUCCUCCAACUGGUAUCGAGGCCUUUCCGGAUGUUGUGUUGAACGGCAAGAGGCUCGAUCUCUAUAACCUGUACCGGGAGGUCGUCUCCAGAGGAGGCUUUCGGGUUGGGAAUGGCAUCAACUGGAAAGGUCAAAUAUUUUCGAAGAUGCGUAACCACACAACAACAAACAGAAUGACUGGCGUCGGCAAUACACUAAAGAAGCACUACGAAACAUAUCUUUUGGAGUACGAGCUUGCGCACGACGAUGUGGAUGGCGAGUGCUGCAUCUUGUGUCACAGCAGCGCAGAGGGCGACUGGGUGAACUGCGGCAUCUGUGGCGAGUGGGCUCACUUCGGGUGCGAUAGAAGGACGGGCCUGGCAACAUUCAAGGAGUAUGCGAAGACGGACGGGCUCGAGUACAUAUGUCCUCGCUGCAGCGUUGGCUCUGCCAGAGGCGUGACGUCGAGGAAGAAGCAAAGGCCUUCUUCCGGGGACGGUCUCGUCAUCUUCAAAGGCAGGAAGAAUUGAUUGGAAGACUCCAAGGAGGAGCAAAGGAGCCAAGGAGGAGGAGGAGGAGGUGUUUGUAUAUUCCAAGAGUUUUUGUGGGGGCAGAGGUCUGUUGCUUUGUACAUUGUAUAGGAGAAGGAGAAAAACGCACCAAAAAAAAAAAAAAAAAAAAAACAGAUGGAUUGAUUUCUCUCUUCUCUCAUCACAUUGUAAAUGUGAUGAUAAGGAGCGAGCUAAAAGGAAGCAAAAGAUAUAGAGAAUCAAAGAUUGUUUUGUUUAAUACCCCAAGUCUUCCAAGUUCUCUCUUGUUGUUGUCCAGGGGAGGGGCUAAAGUGCCCACCACCAAACAAUAAAGAAUAUACAAGGAUAGAAACAACUGGAAAGCCACUGUGCAAAGCAUCCCACUCUUUUCAUGUGAACUCUCUCCUCUCCCCCUCUCUCUCCCCGGUCUUUUUUUUCAUAUAAGAGAGGGAGUGACUUCUACGUAGGGAGUUUAAAGUCGUCUCUCGUUUCUUCUCUCUUCCUUGUCUCCUUUGCUUGGGAGAGUUCCGUUUGGCGGCCAGCGCUCGUGACAGCCAUGAGUAGCAGCUCACCAAAGAGAAUGUCCGCCGAAAGCCAGGUAUGGAGAAACUUCUCCUUUUCGAAAAGGUUCUAGUUUGUCCGUGUGCUUGGAUCCGGAAGAAAGAGUACCUGGCCGCCGCAAUUGACUACAUACAGCACCUGGAGCGGAGCGUGCAGUGCCUCCGGGACGAAGUUUGCAAGGCGCAAGAGCAAACCGACGAGGAUCUCAACGACGAUGCCUCGUCGCUCACCACCAGCUGCGUCUCCGGCCUGGAAUCCAGCGACAAUAUCAAUAGCAUCGUCUUGCAAUUGGAGGUGUCCCGGGACGACAGCAGCAGCAUGUAUGCCUUCCACAUCGUCUGUAAAAGCGAGCAGCAAGCUCUAGAGAGAUUGGUGAGAGCGUUCGAGGAGCUGGACGUGGAGGUCCAGCAGGCCAACAUCACGACGCGAAACGAGCAAAUAAGCAGCUAUUACCUCGUCAAGGCCCCGCAAUGGAGCCGCCUCAGCUCAGACGAUGUAAAGAAGGAGUUUCUCAGCACGAUGUCCAGGAUUGGUGUGCCACUGUGACAUAUGAACUUCUUUGGUGGCUGGCAUGUCAGUUCAAAAUCUGUGGUCUAGACUGGACAAUUGCUACAUUUCCGCUGCUGUACACACCUUCUAUAUCCUGUGUGAUCAAAAAGAUGAAUCUUAAAUUUUAAUCAGUACAAUGCUUAGAUUA